CGGGCUUCGAUUUAUUUUUAUAGGUUAAGUUCCUAGACUGUCAAAAAAUCACCCACAUCAAAACUAAAAAUGAAUUUCUUAACACGGGGCAUCCUAAGAAACAAGUUGGGGGUAACGAAUUGGGUACAAUUCUGUACAAAAAACACCAACGAUAACAUAAAAAACCUCGUUACGAAAAAUAAAGUGGUUAUUUUUAUGAAAGGGGUCCCAGACUCUCCAAGAUGCGGUUUUAGCAACGCUGUGGUCCAAAUCUUACGUAUGCAUGGGGUUACUUACGAUUCACACGACGUUUUACAAGAUGAAACACUUCGACAAGGUAUUAAAGAUUAUUCAAAUUGGCCAACAAUUCCUCAAGUUUUUAUUAAUGGGGAGUUUGUUGGAGGUUGCGACAUCCUUCUACAAAUGCAUCAAUCUGGGGAUUUAAUAGAUGAGCUAAAAAAAGCGGGAAUUGAAAGUGCUUUACUUGGAGCAGAAGAACCUUCAAAAGAAACUAAAGAGAAAAAUAAAUAAAUGAAAAAUUUUUUUUUGGGGAGAUUUUAGAUUUAGAGUUUGUUUUUUAUGUAAAUAUUGUUAUUAAAUAAAAAAAGACAUUGUUUAAUUUA